AUCAUACCGCAUAGCACCGCACCCCACCGUUAUCCUUACCCCGCCGUCGACCCAAGUCAAGUUAUCCUAUCAUACCGAUAUGGUGCUCUACCAUACAGUCCAUACUCGGGUGCCCAAAGCCAGACCCCAAGCCUAGCGCCGGUAUAAAUAUCCCCGCGCCUCCAUCCCAUUUUCCAGACAGUCAUCUUGCUCCAUCUCAGCGGCAACACAACGCAAUUACAGUAUCAUACGGGUACUCGAGUACGCUCCAACAGACAUACAGAUACGAAUCCAAGUUCCACCGCCUUUUUCUCAUUCCCGCCUUCUAUCUACUCUUCUUCAAAGCCAUCUUUAUAUAUAAAUAGGAAUGGACUCGUUAAAAGGCCUGAUGGGCUCCGCUACCGGGGAUCAGGCAAAGGCUGGGCACCAGCAGCGUCAGCAGGGGAGUUCUCCCUCCAGCUCUGGCGGCGGGUUCGUGGAUAGGCUGCAUGGGAUGGUCGGUGGGGGACCGGAGUCAGAGAAGAAGGAGGAUGGGUUGGACAAGGGUUUGUCGAAACUUCUCGCUUUCUCUUGAUGGGGGUCGAGGAGGGGGCUGAUAUGGGUCGGUGAAUGGUUGAGGAGGUGAACAGCAAUCGAUUAUGUACAGGAAAACUUCCUUGGUCAGGGUCCUCAGAAUAACGAGUCCGCUCUUGAGCAGGCAAAGGAUGGGCAGAUUGCUGGAUGUAAGUCCGCCCCCCCAAUUGCAUUUAUGAAGGGGGGAAGAUGAUGGCUGUUAAUGUUUGCUAUCGCUGUGAAAAUAGUCGUCCGCAGUCAAUACAAGGGGGUUACUGGAAAGGAAUUUCCUGGUGCUGAUAAAAAAUAGAUGGCCUCGAUCAAUGAGGAAGAAGAGGAGAAAGAGGGGAUAAAAGGUAGCAGUAGUAGUAGUAGUAGUAGUACAGGGUGGGCGUACGGAUUUUCAGUCGUUUAUCUAUCCAUAUAUCAGCCAACCACAUCCACCCAACCGGGCUUAUGGCGUUCUCUUUUCCGUGCUCCUGCUCACCCAUCAUUCGAGGCUUAAUAAGUCACAAGUACGAGUGGAGGAAAAUCAUCGGUACAAUACACGAAUUGAUCAUG